ACCCAUAAAGGAAUACACAGAUGAAGACAGGUGAGAAAGAGGUAAGGGAACUAGAACAGGAGCACGAAAGAAAACACACACCACCACACCAGUGGACCCCUCCCUUGUGCUCAUUGUCUCCUCCCGUGAGGGAUCGACUGGAGGGAGGUGCUCAGCUGGAAACAGGCAGAGAGACGCAAACUCAGUCUCAGACAGAACAUGAGAGACAUGGGAGUCUGAUCAGAGCUGGAAUGGGGUGUUCUGCACUGUAGGUCGCUCUGCAAACCUGUUCCUGGAAGGGAAACAGAGGGGCUGGACACAGGAGACGGACACAGGAAUUCCAGGUCACAAGGGCUCCUGUGGCAGAGCACAGUCUUGGCUGGGUUGGGCUGGGCUGGGAUUCCAACCUCUCCCUCUCUCGGUCAUGACAGAGGUAGAGUAGGAUCAGAGUUCUAAUAAACACAUUAAGAAAAGCACACAGAGGAAAGUCCCAAAUUGGGGCAAACACAAGGCAAGUGUUCUGCUUCAGUGGCCGCUUUUUGGCCUGAACCUGACAUGACAUGAUGGGAUCUUCUGUGGAGUUUGCCUGCUUGUUGCUGGUGUUUUCGUCUUUGGGAAAGAACCACUUGGUGUCAGGAGGGUGUGCAGGUAAAUGCUGCCGGGGCAGAGACUUGAGUUGUGUGUCCACAGACUGGAGGAUGGACAGAGUGUAUGGCACAUGCUACUGCGACAAGGGCUGCGUCAGGACCAAGGACUGCUGCUUUGACUACUUCACAGAGUGUCCAGCUCAGGACUGUGCUGUGAGUGAGUGGAGCUUUUGGAGCGGCUGUGCCAAGCCCUGCCAGCCCUCAGUGCGAGUCCGUGUUCGUCAUACAGAGCAGCAGCCCAGUAACAGUGGAGAGCCCUGUCCAAGCCUGGAGCAACGUGCCGGCUGCAGAGAAUACAGAGACCACCAGGGCAACCACUGUGGACUUAAUGCAGGUCCUGCGUUUAUCACCAGCAUGGAGUUUGGCAAUGGAAGGCCCAAACAUGACAGCUAUGGAAACCCCCUGCACCCCGGGUUCUGUGUGGAAUUUACGCUGGAGUCCCGGACACCCCACUGUACGGUGGAGAACCGGCCACACACACACUGGAUGCGCUACAUAACCGAGGGCUUCAAAGUGUGUGUGGCAUGUGAGCCUCCUGCCAUGCGGAACAAUAGUGGCAGCUGCCAAGGAGACGGUCAAGAAUCAGACAAAGACGCUGUGCUCCGCUGGCAGGCGGUGGGGAACCCUCAGUGCAGUGGAACGUGGAAGAAGAUCCAAAAAACCCAGCAGUGCAACUGUCCACCACAACACAGCUUUGUUUUCAUCUGAACGGCUCUGAGAACCAUAUACUUAAUCUGCGGUUUGGUCUGGUGUCCAUAACAUCUUACAUUUUUAACCUCUUCUCAGUAAUGACACUAAAAGAAUGUGGUCACAUCAGAUCCUCUGACAGCAUGUUUUAAAAUAUGACACAGAGGUUUGAUGCAAACUUCUGCAAGUACAACAUACGACCAUUAUCUUGGUCAUUUGACAUACAGCUCUGGAAAAAAAUUGAGACCACUGUAAUUUCCUCUAAAAUCAGCAUGUCUGCCUUUAUAACAGCCAUUUUAUUCCUGUGUCUGUUGAAUACCAACACAAGCACACCUUAUGCUACUGAAUAAACACCUGUUCCAUGUCUUAUUUAAGAAGAAGUAUAAAAACCACUACUGUGCCCAUCCCAAUCUUCUUGCAAUAGGACUACAAACAGUGCUAUUAGUACCGCAAAAGUAAUUGGAAUCAAAAAUAACUAUUGAAAACUACUGGACUUCUGCUCUGACAAUGUUCCCAAACUCCGAGGAAGGUCAAUAAAGGUGUGGAUGACGAACCACCAGAUGAAGACCCUGUCGUGACCAGCCCAAUCUCCAGACCUGAACCCACUUUGAAAACUUCUGGAGGAAGAUGGAUGAUCACAAGACAUGUUGCAUUUCUAAGCUUCUUGAAUUUCUCUGCAUAAAGUCAUCCAACAGUAAUGGUGGGGAGCCAAAACACAUGAAAGCUGUCAUUGAAAAUCAGGGUUAUUCCACCAAAUAUUGAUGUAUGAACUUUUCCCAAAU